CAGACUAAAUUUGAAAAAGGCAACUCGCCAUAAGAUUGUUUACACGGCGGGAACUGAACGUGAGGGAAUUGUGUUGAAUUGUAUAUCUUCAAGUCACGACAAAAUAUUUUCUUGCUGGUGAUUGUGUUAGUCUUUUGAUGGAUGAUCUGAAUGAAGAAUUAGUCGGGGGUGAGGAGGCUUCCUGUCAAGGAGAUGAAGCCGAAGAUGACGAUGUUGAUAUAUAUCAAGAUUUGCCAGAAGAAGACGAGACAAUGGUCAAAGAAUCUGAUGCCAAUUUUAACGUCAUUGAGAGAUUCAAUAAGCUGCUGGAGCCCAAAAAUCGGAAAGACGACGAUUUUUAUGAAGAAAAUCUCUCAGAAGAAGAUGUUGAUUUGUAUGAUGACCUAAAUACCUUUGAGAAACAGUUAGCUGCCGAAGAGCUCCAAGCCAAAGUUGAAAUACUUGAACAAAAAUGUUCAACUUUGGACAGCAAGAAUGCUGAGUUAAAAGCUGAGCUUGACAAAGUAAACAAAAAGAACCUGGCUCUGACACGUAACAUUUCCUCCAUCUAUAAAACUGCCAAAGCUGAACUGAAGAGGAAGGAUCGCCAACUGAAAGAUCUUCAAAGAGAGCAUGACACACUUAUUUUCCGUAGAGGUGCAGCAAACAAUAGAAUGCCUCCACACAACAGUAACACUCCACCGACAAAUACUAAUCCUCUCCCUGCCAAUAGUAGUAUUCUUCCUACAAAAACUAGCAUGCUCAAUCCAGAGUACAUGGCCAACCCUAGUCAGAAUCCUGCAGCCAUUCCAAGUUUCCAUGAAUUCAAGAGAGAUACCGUCCUGGGUAAUCUUGUCACAAUUGAAAAUGAGACAGAAUGCACCUUUAAAAUGGGACCUAUAACACUUUCUUUCGCAUCAGAAAGUUCAGAUUUCCGGAAAAGGCGUUUAGAGCGCCUUGGAAAUGUGGCCCAUGGUAAAGGAAUUGCUAGGCCCGAUCCGAAAUCUUCAAAAGAAAGAGUGAAUGGCGAACCAUCGUCGGAACAGCAGCCUGGGAGCAGCCAAGUCUUGCCAGAGUUGCUCGUGGAACGAGCCAACUUACUCAAACAGCUUUCCAACGCGAAUGAGAAUUUAGAGGAAGGCGAAUUCACUGAAGAACCGACAGCAGAAACAGAAAGACAACCACAACAAGAAUCUCGUGACAUGUCCCGACGAAAAAACGUUACCCAUUCUCGUGGAAGAUCCCGUUCCAGAUCCCGCAGUCCCAUCGAUGGCCAAAGAAAAAGGAGCGUAAGUGAUGAUAGACUCGAUUCACGAAAUUCCAGGUCUCACGACCGAAGACCUCCCAAACGUUCGCAGCGAUCACCAGCCAAAUCUUCGCGGUAUCGAAACUCGGGGAAUUCCCACUUCAAUUCCCGUUCCAAUCGACGCUGAAACGAAGAUCUAGAGAAAGACCAUUUUCUUUUCUUUUUUUAAUUACUAUAAAUUGACUCGGGAUUGAAUCAAAAUUGUCUAGUGUAACCUUUCGAGCUGUGCAAGUAUUUCAUUCGUAUACCUUUUAUUUUCUCAUCGAUGUAAUCAUUGGAAAGAAAAUACAAAGUUUAAAACAGAAA